AUGGCCACCAACGUUUCUAUCGAAACCUCGAUGGGCACCAUCGUCGUGGAGCUAUAUGAGUCUCACGCGCCCAAGACGUGCAAAAACUUUAGCACGCUCGCGUCGCGGGGCUACUACGACGGCACCGUGUUUCACCGGGUGAUUAGCGACUUUAUGAUCCAGGGCGGCGACCCGACUGGCACGGGCCGGGGCGGCUCUUCUAUUUAUGGCGACAAGUUCGAGGACGAGAUCCGGCAGGACCUCAAGCACACGGGCGCGGGGAUCCUGUCCAUGGCCAACGCCGGGCCCAACACCAACGGCAGUCAGUUCUUCAUCACGCUGGCGCCCACGCCUUGGCUGGACGGCAAGCACACCAUCUUUGGCAGGGUCUCGGGCGGCAUGGGCGUCGUGGAGAGGAUGGGCAGGGUCCAGACGGAUAAGUCGGAUCGGCCGGUCACGGAGCUCAAAAUUGUCAGGGCAAAUGUUGUCGAGCAGCAGUGA